AAUUUUGCUCGCUCAUUGGUUUUUAUUAUUUUGUGUUUGUACUCGUUGUUUACAAUUUCGAUAUUUAACUUUUUUUUCCUUGAUUUAUCAUUAAAUCGUCAAAAAUUUGAGACUAAAAAUCGUUAAAAACUUUAGUAUUCGAUAUAUUUUCGUAAAAAGUUUCCAAUCAAUUCAACCAAAAUGAACACAUUCGAUACAUUCAUUUCAUCAUUGGAUCGACGUUUGGAGCCACAGGUCCAAACGCAUUUGAAAAAAGUUUAUUCAACAUUGGCAAUGUCGGUAUUGUCAGCUGGUGUUGGUGGUUAUGUCCAUCUUUAUACCAGCCUUUCGAAUGUCAUUGGUGGAUUCUUGAAUUUCAUCGUGAUGACAGGUCUACUCAUUGCAUUGUAUUCAACACCGGAUAAUGGAAAGAAUCAAGCGUUGCGUUUGAAUUAUCUAUUGGGUUUUUCAUUUUUUUCCGGUUUUGGCCUUGGUCCAUUGAUUGAACAUACAUUAUACAUCAAUCCAAGCAUCUUACCGACUGCAUUGAUGGCAACAGCAUUGAUAUUUGCAUGUUUCACUAUCUCAGCUAUCUAUGGUGAUCGUCGUAAAACAUUGUUUUAUGGAGGUAUCCUGUUCUCCGGUCUAUCAUUAUUAGCCUACAUGACAUUGAUCAAUUUGUUCUUCAGAUCACAAUUAAUGUACAAGGCUUAUGUAUAUAUUGCAUUUGCCAUAAUGUGUGGAUUUGUCAUCUAUGAUACUGCAUUCAUCAUUGAGAAACGUCUUCGUGGCGAUACUGAUUACAUUGGCCAUUCGAUUCUUUUGUUUAUGGAUAUGAUCAGCAUUUUCCGACAUUUAUUGGUGUUGCUUACCGAUAAGGAACGUAAUGAUCGUCGAAAACGUAAUCGCAACUAAAUGUGUUUGGAUCUCAGGCUGGACGAACAUGACAGUUAUUUUUUUCAAAUCAUUUUGUCCACAUUUCUGACAUUUUCAAUAUAUCCACAUACAUACAAUCUGAUAAU